AUGACGUCCGCCGUCAAGGAUCCAAUAAAUGAAGAAAACCCAAAUUUGUCUCCCACGUCUCCAGCAGAAGAUUCAGAUACUACUCCCUUGUAUCCUACAUCUGAACCUGAACCAAUUCCUGGCUUGCAUGGUGUACCCGUUCGCUGGUACGAUGCUGACCGGACAGAGCCUUACACCAAGAUUGUGCCGUUCCAGGAAAGGCAUGAUACCAGUGUGGAGUUUUUCUACAAACCGGUAACUUUGUCUGCCCUUGGCAUCGGACUAGUCGUAUUAGCUUAUGUUGCCACCACACAAGAUGUGCUAGAGGAAGGGCAAGAUAAACGACGUGUUGGUGCCUAUGCCGCGAUAGCGUCAUUCCUGACGUUCUCCAUGAUUCAGUUCCGUGACGGUCCAUUCAUCAGGCCACAUCCUGCUUUUUGGAGAAUCAUUCUCGGGCUCAAUCUACUCUAUGAGCUUGCGCUCGUGUUCUUACUCUUCCAAGACUUGGAUUCUGCUCGCGAAAUGAUGAAAUACCUGGAUCCCGACCUUGGGGUUCCGCUUGCAGAGAAAAGUUAUGCCGAAGACUGUGCUUUAACUCCUCGUGCCAUUUGGAAUGCUCUCGACAUUUUUUGCAUUGCCCACACUUUGGGCUGGUUCGGAAAAGCCAUGAUCCUUCGAGAUUAUUGGUUCUGUUGGAUUUUAAGCAUUGCUUUCGAGCUCGCCGAGUAUAGUCUACAACAUCAACUCGCUAAUUUUGCGGAGUGCUGGUGGGACCAUUGGAUCUUGGACGUUCUUCUCUGCAAUUGGCUCGGUACAUACCUAGGGAUGAAAGUUUGUCAAUAUCUCGAGGUCAAGCCGUAUGAAUGGCGAGGAAUACGUCAAACGCGCGGUCUCCGCUCCAAAGCGAAACGCGUUUUGAGCCAAUUUUCCCCGCAUGACUUCACUGCCUUCGAGUGGGGAACUGCGACAGAUUUCACGCAUUUCUUUUGUGUCGUCUUGCUAUUGUCAGUAUUUCUGGCCGCUGAAUUGAAUCCUUUCUAUCUGAAGACUCUGCUAUGGAUGGAACCUGAUCAUCCCUUUGUGAUUGCUCGACUUGCAUUUGUCUUCCUGUGGGCUCUUCCCGCAGUACGAGAGUUAUUUCAGUACAUAAGUGAUCCGCGGAAAGCUGUGCGAAUGGGCCAACACGUAUGGCUUCUACUAGCUACUAUUGCUACAGAGUUUUUAGUCAUAAAGAAAUGGAGCAAGGGUAUGUUUGCGCCAUUUCCGAAAACUGUCAAAUGGGGUUGGGCCAUCGGUGUAGCUUUAUUGGUCUCUUAUUCCAUGAUACAGUUUGGUCUGCCGCAAGCGCGGAAGUAUGCCCGAAACCAAAGACACAAAUCUAGAACAAAAGCGUCAUAGAACUGACAUAAAGUAAAUUGUCAAAGAGAUAGCACCCCCAGAGGCCUCUGAUUUUCGGUAAUCGACGUAUUAUAGGAUUUACUGUCUGACUACAUAGUGUACAUCAGUGUCAACUAUUGUAUUCAAAAAUUCGAAAAUCACCGUUGUACCUCCCCAGUACGGUUACUCAGUCUUAAUUGCCCGGACGCAAAUCCCACGUCAGUUCUCGAGGGAGCCUCGCACUUUCUCCGCUGAAGUGGGAUCUCUUUCAUAUUGUAGAUCUCGGAGGUUGCAGGGUCGACGAAUCCUCCGGGAGCUGAGCGGAAGCGGAUGUAAACA